AUGUUGCAGAGUGGAGUGGAAGGAAAAAGGUGGUGGGAUUACGGUGUGGGAACCACAGGAACGGGAUCCUCCUUGGCUUGGAAGAGCUUGGCCGCGGUACCAGAUCCGCGCAUGCUUCAGCAACGAGGCAGUUCUGUAACGACACCACCCGCGACGUCAUCCACCAACAUGUUCCCCCAGCAAUAUUGCCUACGAUGGAAAUACCAUCACAGCAACUUGCAGACCAUGUUCUCACAGCUGCUCGAGCGGCAAGCUUAUUGCGACGUUACUCUGGCCUGCGAGGGCAAGACUCUCAGAGCGCACAAGAACGCCACUUGGAAUAUUCCGUAUGUUCUUAAUUAUUAUGUUGAUUCGGAUUUGCUGGAAAUAUACAAACAUCGGCGAUCUACUCGCGAGUAAAAUAUCUGCAUGUGUCAGGGAAUUGAACUCAGCUUCCGCUGGCCGAGAGUUGACAUUAGAACUAUCGAUAACUAAA